GAGGCAUCCCACCUGGAUCAUCAGGCCUCCAAACAUUCUUUGCUUUUCUCACCCAACCAAACUUGCAAUACCAAAAAAGAACAAAUACCGACCUCUCCCUUUCUUCACGCCUAAUUCUCCAGCUAUCUCUCUUGGCGUCCUCUGCAAAUUCCGGCCAUCUCCAUGGCCGGAAUCCAGACCCUAUUCCUCCUCCUCCCAAGCUUCUUCCUCUUCGCUCUCUCUCAGGCUUCGUUUAUGGUGGACAAUUCGACCGAGCUCGCAAACCCCGAUAGCGGGGGUUCCAGCCGAGUCUGUGCCCAAACCGAACCCACAUUGUGCCCUGUGACCUGCUUUAGACCGGACCCAGUGUGCGGGUCCAAUGGCGUGACUUAUUGGUGUGGGUGCGCUGAUGCUUUGUGCUCUGAUGCCGUGGUUUUGAGGUCGGGGUUUUGCGAGGUGGGCAACGGAGGUAGCGGGCUCCUUUAUGGUCAGGGCCUUUUGCUGGUUCACAUGGUUUGGCACAUCGUUUUAGGGCUCUUUGUUAUAAUGGGGAUUCUUUGAUAAUUGCGUCUUAGUUGUCAAUCUUGAGAAUAAUGUUUGUUGAUAACAUUGUUUUGUGUUCCUAACAAAUUGUGUUUGAGAGAGGGCAUAGAGAUAUGAGGUCUUAAAUAUAAGGUGAAUGAAAAAUGUAAUUAGUUGGA